AUGGAUAAAUAGAAAGUAAAAUAGAUGGCAGAUGAUUCUGAUAGUAGUAAUUUCAAAUAACUAUUACAGAUAUCUAAGAAAUACAACUAGAGUAGAUUAUGAUUAUAAUUUAAGAAAUAGACAUAGACUAGAAAAGUAGGAAAUACUAAUAUUAAAGAAACUUAAACUACCCAAACCUCCACUUCUAAUAUCAACAUCUUUACCAAAAUUAUUAUUUUUUAAGAAGAAUUGA